CUAUUUUUCUGGCUGGAGAUCUCUUUACAAUCUCAUGGAUGAUAUUCAAAUCCUCUUUAACCAUUUUUGCUCUAACCAUUCCUUUCUUCAAGAUUCACGAGUAACUGUUGUUCUCAAACAUCUCUUUUUUCUUGUAUCAUAUGAAUUCAUCCUAUUUUUGUCCUCACUUUCUCGUACCCUUUUUGAUCAUUAAUACUGUAGCCUUGUUUAGUUGUAUUGCUUCCUUUUCUUUACAUAUUUUGUAACCCAUCUCAAUGCUGCUGUCUUUUCACUUCAUAGUUAACUGUGCUCUGCAAGUGUAGCAGUCUUGUUUUCAUUAUCAUGGUCCUGGUUGCAGGAUGAUUGGGACAACAGUCCUUCACCAAAUCCAUAUCUUGUUACCACCCGAAGAUCCGUCUGAAAGUCCAGAAGUUAGUUUAAGGGUGAAAGAGCAGGAGUGUUUAUCCCUUUUGAAAAGAUGCCAGAACAUGGAAGAAUUCAGGCAAGCCCAUGCUCAAAUCCUCAAAUGGGGAUUCUUUUCCAACCCCUUUUGUGCAAGCAAUUUAGUGGCCACUUGUGCUCUCUCACAUUGGGGCAGCAUGGAUUAUGCAUGCUCAAUUUUUCGACAAAUUGACCAACCAGGUAGUUUUGAAUACAAUACAAUGAUCAAAGGGUAUGUUUCUGAUUUCAAAAUGGAGAAUGCUUUGCUUCUUUACUAUGAAAUGCUCGAGAAAGAAGUUCAAUCUGACAAUUUUACCUAUCCUGCUCUUAUCAAGGCAUGUGCCUGGUUGAGGGCAAUAGAUGAAAGUAUGCAAAUUCACGGACAUAUUUUUAAGCUUGGAUUUGAAGAAGAUUUAUAUGUGCAAAAUAGUUUAAUCAACAUGUAUGGCAAGUGUGGGAAAAUAGAACUUUCCUGUGAUGUUUUUAAGCAGAUAGAACAUAAAGAUAUUGCUUCUUGGAGCAGUAUUAUUGCAGCUCAUAGCAGUCUGGGUUUGUGGAGUGAGUGCGUACAGUUUUUUGAGGAGAUGAUUCAGGACAGAUCUUAUAGACCGGAAGAGAGCUUACUAGUCAGUGUGCUCUCCGCUUGUAGCCAUUUGGGAGCCCUUGAUUUGGGAAGGUGUUUGCAUGGAGUAUUGUUGAGGAACUUCAGUGAACUCAAUGUAACAGUACAAACUUCUCUGAUUGACAUGUAUAUAAAUUGUGGGUGUAUAGAGAAAGGUUUUUGCCUCUUUCAAAGAAUGAGCAAGAAGAAUCAUUUUUCUUAUAGCGUAAUGAUCUCAGGACUAGCAAUGCACGGGCGCAGUAUGGAGGCUUUAGAGGUAUUCUCUGAAAUGCUUGAUGAAGGAUUGCAGCCAGAUGAUGUUGUCUAUGUUGGUGUGUUGAGUGCCUGUAGUCGGGGAGGGCUUGUGAAGGAGGGUCUGCAGUUUUUCAAUAGAAUGAAAUUUGAGCAUGGAAUACAGCCAACAAUUCAACAUUAUAGCUGUAUGGUAGAUCUCAUGGGCAGAGCUGGCAUGCUAAAUGAGGCCUUGGAGAUUAUCAGAAGCAUGCCCAUCAAGCCGAAUGAUGUCAUAUGGCGAAGCCUUCUUAGUGCCUGCAAAUCUCACCAUAACUUGAACAUAGGGGAGACUGCAGCUAAGAGCUUGUCACAGUUGAACUCACAGAACCCUAGUGACCUGCUGAUGCUAUCUAAUAUGUAUGCAAGAGCUCAAAGAUGGCAUGAUGUAGCUGCGGUUCGAACAGAAAUUGGCCGUAACAGAUUGAAUCAGACGCCUGGAUUUAGCUUAGUUGAGUGUAAAAGAGAAGUCUACAAGUUUGUCUCACAAGACAAGUCACAUCCUCAAAGCAAAGACAUUUACGAGAUGAUUCACCAGAUGGAAUGGCAGUUGAAAUUUGAAGGGUAUUCUCCAGAUACAUCACAAAUAUUGAUUGAUGUGGAUGAAGAAGAGAAGAAAGAAAGACUGAAAGCUCACAGUCAGAAAUUAGCAAUGGCUUUUGCACUGAUACACACAUCACAAGGAAGUCCCAUUAGAAUAGCUAGAAAUGUAAGAAUGUGCAGUGACUGCCACACAUAUACCAAGUUCAUUUCACACAUCUAUAGUAGAGAAAUUAUCGUAAGAGACAGAAAUCAGUUUCACCAUUUUAAAGAUGGAGCUUGCUCUUGUAGAGACUACUGUUAAAUUUUAAUACUCCCUCUUUACUUUUCA